AUGAAGACUGUGGUGGCUCUGCUGCUGCUCUGUCUGUGUGAUCCUGGACAGACUGACUGCCAGGCGGACUGCGUGUCCUGCAGCAACAUCCUGCCCAAACCGCUCAGUUUCAACACCAUGGUGUGUCUCACUGAGUGCGAAGCCGUCGUCUCCCCGGCCUUCUCCUGGGACUUCUGUCGCACGGUGCUGUCAUCGCCAAUUUCCUCCCUUACUGGUAGCAUGCGGAAAAGAUCUCAGGAGGAGGUGGAGGCCCUGUUUCCCGACGAGGAGGAGGAGGAGGAGGAGGAGGAGGAGGAGGAGCCGAUGGAGAGGGGUCUGUUGCUGCCCUAUGUGCUGCAGAGGUACGAUCCCAUGACCGGGGCUCUCGGGGUGGACGAGAGGGAUCUGGGCGGCGUGGCCGGCCAGCCGAACACCGCCUACAAUGCUCAGAGCGCCCUGUCUCUUGAGGAUGAGUAUGAGGAGGAGGCAGGGCAGGAAGAAGGGGCUGCUGACAUGGCAGCGAGAGGACAGGGCGACGAGGGGCUCAGCGUUUUCAAGAGGUUCGGAGGCUUCGUCAAGGGGAGGCACGCCUACAGGAAGCUGAUGUCUCCGGCGAGAUCGUACCAGAAGAGGUACGGGGGCUUCAUCGGCAUUCGGAAGUCGGCCCGCAAGUGGAACAACCAAAAACGUUUCAGCGAGUUGCUGAAGCAGUAUCUGAGCACGAAGGCCACCAAGUUCAACAGUGUGUCAAAGGACCUCGCCCAAGUGAACGAAGUUUAA